AUGAAGCCAAUUGGAAAAGUGCUUUGUGCUACAGGGAUCAUAGCUGGGCUCCUAGCUUUCUUCUGGAAAGACCCUUUUAACCCAGAGAGCUUGUCUGGUGCCCGCGUUCUCUUGACUGGAGCCAGUGCUGGGAUUGGAGAGCAGAUGGCAUAUCAUUAUGCCAGAUUUGGUGCUGAAAUUGUUUUGACUGCUAGGAGGGAAGCUGUGCUGCAGAAGGUGGUGGAGAAAUGCCUGACACUUGGAGCAAAGAAAAUAUUUUAUAUCCCUGCAGAUAUGUCUUCCCCUUCAGAGCCUGAAAAGGUGGUUCAGUUUGCUGUCCAAAAGCUGGGGGGACUGGAUUACCUGGUGUUAAACCACAUUGGCGUGACCCGUUUCCAGAUGUGGGCUGGAGAUAUGGAAUACACCCGCUGGCUCAUGCAGGUGAAUUUCUUCAGUUACGUGGCACUCGCAACAGCAGCUCUUCCCACCCUGGAGAAGAAUAAAGGCUCUCUGGUGGUUGUUUCUUCUCUCACAGGGAAAAUACCCACUCCCUUCACCACUUCUUAUUCUGCCACCAAGUUUGCACUGGAUGGAUUCUUCAGCUCGCUACGCCAUGAACUCAUCAUGCAGAAGAGAAACAUCUCUAUCACACUGUGCAUCCUGGGCCUGAUUGAUACUGAUACAGCAUUAGAGAAUACCAGGGGCAAAGUGCACCUGACUGCUUCUCCUGCUCCUGAAGCUGCACACGCCAUCAUCUGGGGGGGUGCCACACGGGUGCAGGAGGUUUUCUACCCAUGGUGGCUGCAGCACAUGUGCUGCCUCUGGGUUUUGUUCCCCAAUGACCGGGACCAGGUUUUACAGAGUUACUAUAAUUACAGCAGUCCUUAA